UUUUUCUCCCGCCGGGGCCGCAGCGCAGUCAUCCUGUCAGCCUGCCAGCAUUGUCGGACUCCAGCUCCCGUUUCAACGAAGGCCGCGGAGGAGCUUUUGAAAGCGGGCUCACAUUCAAAGGAGAGACGCGGGUAAACGCUGCAGCGACCAGAGGCUGUGUGUGUUGUCUUUAUUGUCCGAGCCGUCCGCUCGUGGUCGACCGUUGCACCGAGCCGACCUGCUGCCCACAACAGUACCCUGCUUAAAAUAGAUGCUUUUCGGCUGUCAGCCGCAUUGGUCCGCUGUGUAGACUCCGAGGAGCUUCUGUACUAUCAGACAUGGUGAAGCUCACAAAGGCCAAGACGUUUCAGGCCUACCUGGACUCCUGCCACCGGCGCUACAGCUGUGUGCACUGCCGCGCCCAUCUGGCCAACCAUGACGAUCUCAUCUCCAAGUCAUUCCAAGGCAGUCAAGGCCGAGCCUACCUCUUCAACUCUGUGGUGAACGUCGGCUGUGGUCCUGCGGAGGAGAGGCUGCUGCUCACAGGACUUCAUGCAGUCGCUGACAUCUACUGUGAAAACUGUCACACCACGCUGGGCUGGAAAUAUGAACAAGCCUUUGAGCUGAGUCAGAAGUACAAGGAGGGGAAGUUUAUCAUCGAGCUGUCCCACAUGAUAAAGGACAACGGCUGGGACUGAGAGGGAAAAAUCUUCAUCUUUCUUCAUGACUUUUUCAAAAGUUGCAUCCCCCUUGACAUUAAAGGGUUCCAGUGUAGCUUCCUCAUCCCGUGUACGAGCCAUCGCUGUGCCACACUUUUCACUUCGUACGGCUUCGCCAAGAAAUAGCAUGUGAUGCCUUUAUCUUUUUCUGUUCUUCAUGUUUUUCCAGCGACCACAACGACAACACAUUUGCUGAUAUUGCUAUCCCAAUUGCUAGUUGUGCUGGGACAUGGACUGAAUGAGUGCAGGGUUUGUUUGUGAACGACUGGGGGAUGUUGUCACACAGGCACGUGUGCAUGUUGGAUUUUAAAGCGUGUGUGUUUGAGUGAUGAAACCCUUAUCAGCGACCGAUAAACAGUCUUGCCCUGCGGGGGCGAGGCCAGUGCAAAUCAAAUAAUCUGACCCUCUUACACAGAUGCAGGUAUUUGAGGUUUCCUUUUGAGUUUAAGAGGCACAUUUAGACAUAUCUGGCACAAACUGAGUGAAGUAUUUAGGCCUGUUAAACCUGUAGAUUAUUUGGAGUGAUGGAAGGGAAUGGGAACACUCAGAGCAGUGGGAGGGCUUGUUUUUUUAUCAGUGAAAUUCUUGUUUUUUAUGGUAAGAGCAGUAACACUUAAUAUUUUGCUAAAGGCAGUCAGGAUGUUGAAUUGGUGACGUUAAAACCGGUAAAGUCUCUUGCAAGAAUUCUUAAAUCUCUAGUAUGAGUGUUUCUGCUUGUAGGUAUACAUUUUAGUGUGUGUGUGUGCGUGUGUGUGCAUGCUGAGAUGUCUUGAGCUGGACGGCGUUGAGAAGCAUUAAGCCCGGGGUUCACAUCUACAGUUUCCACUGCACAGUUGGGAUAUGUUCACUUUUACUUAAUGCUGUUGAGAUCUAUCCUACAUGUGUUUGUGUAAUAGCCUAACAUGGAGCUGCCCCCCUACAGAUACAUUUACUCAAUCGUGUUAGAGCAAAAGUGUGAUUAGGAUUAUGUAGCAUAUUUAUGGUGAUUUUUAAUGUCUGCUUCUUUCAUUAAAGUGUAUUAUUUUAACCUAAUCUUUCAUUAAAAUACAGUGUGUCUGUAA